CACUAAUAUCCAUAACAUAGUUUCUCUCUUUCUCCAAUCAAGGCUGAACAAGCUAUUGUCCAUUGCUUAAGUGGUGAGACUUGAGAGAAUAAGUUUUUAUGUGAUUAUUAUGGGAAUUAAGAAGCCAUCUUGGUUGGAAGCUCUUUACGUGGAGAAAUUCUUUGUUCCAUGUUCUAUUCAUGAAAGUGCAAAGAAGAAUGAGAAGAAUGUUUGUUGUUUGGAUUGUUGCAUAAGUAUUUGUCCUCAUUGUGUGACUUCUCAUCGUUUCCACAGAUUACUUCAAAUUAGACGUUAUGUAUAUCAUGAAGUUGUUCGACUUGAAGAUUUAGAGAACCUUAUUGAUUGCUCCAAUAUUCAGGCAUAUACAAUAAACAAUGCUAAGGUGGUUUUUAUCAAGAAAAGGCCUCAAAAUAGGCAAUUCAAGGGAGGAAAUUAUUGCACUUCUUGUGAUAGGAGUCUUCAAGAACCAUACAUCCAUUGCUCUCUGGGGUGCAAGGUUAGAGUUCUUCGCUUAGUUGAACUUAGUUGACAGCCUCCAAGCAUUAAAUAAAUAUUGAGGUAAUUUCACUUCUUGCCCCUCUAAUAUUUGUAAUUAGAUUUUGGUCCUUGUGAUAUUUCGCUAAGCAUAUUAACCUUGAAUUAUCUAAAAAGGUAUGUGUUUGGUCCCAUUACAUAGGAAAUGUGCUAUAUUACCCGAUCAAAUAUGGAGUAACAUCAUUAAAUAGUCUAAUAGGAGUAGUUAGUAAUUCGUUAAAUUUUUAAAGAUUCACAAGCAAAAGAAUGGAAUUUAUUAAAAGAUUAAAUGUGCUUAACCAGGUAUCAAAAGGACCAAAAUAAGUAGGCGCUUGGACAUAAAAUUUGUAAUUUUUGAAAAAAAAUAGUAUUUGAAGUUAAGUUAAAAAUUGAUACUUGGGAUUUGAAAUUAUGUUUGCAUAUUCAUUUCAUUUGAAAAAAUAUUAAAGUUUUGUGGGGAUUUUUUUUUUAAAAAAAUAUUUUCGAAAAAUUUCUAUUUUUUUUUUAAAAUUUCAUGCACAAACACAUUUUUUUAAAAAAGUUCGAAAUAAAAUUUUUUUUUAUGGACAAACGGGGUCCUAAUUUGUCGAUAAUCCAAAGACUAAAAGCACCAUAUUUCCGUAGUGAUUUCACGAAAUAAAUUAAGAAUGAGAUGUUAUAGACUUAUAAGAUUGAAGUUUACAAAUUAUAGGAACAACAAAUUUAUUACUUAAUUGUUGGUUGACAAAAGCUUUGUUUGUCAUGAUCAGGUAGAGUCAUAGACAUAUUUCCAUGGUUCAGAAAUCCACAUAACUAGUCAUCACUGUCCAUGUUACU